GUAAGCGAGAAGGGGCGGUGCAAUGUGGAGACUGAGAGUUUGGUGUGGGAGAGGGACAUGGACCGAGGGCGCUCUUCCGACUAGCAGAGGCCGAGAGCGACUCGCACAGCCAAGAACUGUUGAAAUAAUAGAUGAGAUCGGGUCUUUGAUUUAGCCUAAAACAAAACCCAGUAUAAGCAACCCAUCUUUCACAUCUACUUCACGCACACACUAACACGGCAUUGAUGGUAAUGUAUACAAGGAAACAACCGAGACUCGGCGAUGGGUGCAACGACCGAAGGGACUCUCAGCCCUACCAGACUUUCAAAUACACGUCGAAGAGUCACCCAGGUGGCGACCACAGGCAUGAGAAGAUGCGUGAGAGCAAUGAUGGUACUCCACCAUGUAAGAUACUGCGCAGAUCAGACAGUCCUGACAACAAGCACACUGAGAGCAGUGCACACAGCAGAGCGAAAUCCACACAUCUCCACAGGGCCAGAGACAGGGACGGAGGUACCAGUAUUUCCCCUCAAGAGAAUUCUCACAACCACAGUUCUCUGCACAGCUCCAACUCUCACUCGAACCCCAACAAAUCAGACACAGCAUACGAUCCUGCAGAUGACUGGUCAGAGCAUAUCAGCUCUUCAGGGAAGAAGUACUACUACAAUUGUAGAACAGAAGUGUCACAGUGGGAGAAGCCCAAAGAGUGGCUGGAGAGAGAACAGAGACAAAAGGAGGCAACAAAGAUGGCAGCAGCACCAGCAGUGGUCAAUAGCUUCCCUAAGGACAGAGACUACAGACGUGAAGUGAUGCAGGCCACUCCCACUAGCUUUACUCCUACCAAGUCUGUAGCUACAACGGAAAAGCCUUCCUCUCUUACCCCAUCCUCUUCGUCUGCUGCUGUGUCUGGGCUAAGUGCCGCCAAUCCCACUAGCUCUGCAUCGGGUUCUACAGUUUCCCCAGUGAUGCAGUCCCCUGCUACACCUACUAUCUUACAAGACCCCUCCCUCUUACGCCAGCUUCUCCCAGCGUUACAGACGGCACUGCAGCUGAACAAUGCCAGUGUGGAUAUGGCCAAGAUCAAUGAAGUUCUCACAGCUGCAGUAACACAGGCUUCACUGCAGUCAAUGCUCCACAAGAUCCUGACUGCUGGUCCGUCCGCAUUCAACAUCACGACGCUUCUCUCCCAGGCUGCUCAGCUCUCUAGUCAAGCAGCCCAGCAGUCCAGUCAGUCUCCGAUGUCCCUGACGUCAGAUGCUUCGUCUCCGCGGUCAUAUGUGUCCCCCAGGAUAAGUACACCCCAAACAAACACAGCGACCCUGAAACCCCCACUGAGUACCACACCUGUCUCAUCUCAAACCAAGGUGAAUGCUCUGGGGAUUAAGACCAGUUCUCUUCCUCCACCAUCGUCUCAGCAGCCCCUUCCCUCAGAUAAACACCAUGACAACAGCAACUCCCCACGGGCACUGCAGCGGCAGAGCAGUAGUCAGAGAAGCCCCUCUCCUGGUCCAAACCAUGUUGGAAACAGUAACAGCAUCAGUAAUAAUGGCAGUGGUGGUGGUCAGACUACUGGCGUGGGCACUGGAGCAGGGUCAGCGGGUUCAGUACCCGCUGGAACUGCUGUGGCCAGACAAGCCUGCUCCUUCACCCCCUCACUGGCGGCACACUUUAACGAGAACCUCAUCAAACACGUGCAAGGCUGGCCUGCAGAACACGUUGAGAAACAGGCAUCGCGGUUACGUGAGGAGGCUCACACUAUGGGCAGCAUUUACAUGUCUGAGAACUGUACAGAGCUGAAGAACCUGCGCUCAUUAGUGCGAGUGUGUGAAAUCCAGGCCACGCUGCGUGAACAGAGGAUACUCUUUUUGAGACAACAAAUUAAAGAACUUGAAAAGUUGAAGAAUCAGAAUUCCUUCAUGGUUUGAGAACUCUGGGUUUGUUUGGUGUGGGUUUUGAAUAGAAGGACAGCAGAAGUAAAAGGAUGAGUAGGAAUCCAUUUUUAUGUGCACAGAACCCUGGAGAAUUAGUGUUCUCUUCUGCUCUGGGUCCAGUCUUACACAUAUGGGGCUGUGGUGAGCUGUGGAUUGAGGGGUAAGGGAGGGGGAUGAUUGGUGGAGGCUAUGGGCCAGAUGAGGUGCAGAUGUUUUGGGACCUGCUCUUGCCAGGGGCCGUGUAUAUGUAGAUUUCUUGUAGAUGUUAUUUCCAUGUUGUAAAUAUGUUUUGUAGAUGAAGCCAUGGGAAGCCAUGCCUAUCAGAAAAGCUUUUGUCAUCCAAAUGUUAAAAAAUAAAGAAAAUGUACCUAAUCAGCACCAACUCCA